UCUUGCCUUAACUUGAACGUCCACGGCACGAUCCGAGACCACGCGCAGGCGUUGAUAUAAACAUGAACUCGCCUGAGUUGCAAUGUCGUCGACUGCUCCCAUCUGCAGGCUCCCUGCCCCCACUCUGCCUCCGCAGAGAGUCGCCAUAUCACCCUCGAGCUUUCUUCGUAGUACUAUCUGAAUCUGCAGGUUGCUCUGCUAUCUACGGCGAGAUGAACACCACGAAGUCCGCGCCGCCUGGUCCUUCUGCGCCGCGUACGCCGCCCCGAGGGCAGGCAGAACCUAAGAUACAUUCGACACCAUUGCAACCGAGCGCUAUCAGCAGUAUCCAGGAUCCAAAGGGCUCCGCCCUGACGAAGCACCACGUAGCGUUGAUCCACCGCGAAUACACGGACAAGAUCCGCCGGAACGUCGACGUGGAGGACUUUGUACGCGCUGUCUUCCGCUUCGGCUGGAGUGACAUACACCCCACUCCGUAUCGCGACAACAAUGAAGAGCACACGCAGCAAUACUCCUUGGGAAAUGCCGACAUCAAAGCCUACCGGGUGGGCAAGGAGUUAUCGAUCUAUACGCCGUUCAACAACCUGGCCAACGGCUUGUUGUGCCAACUGUACGGACCGCUCCCCGACGACGAAACACCCAAGAGCGACGAAGACAAGGCAGCCGAUAAAACGCUGCGCGCGGCUGCCACGACGCGGUGCUCGGCCGUGAUGAGACACCGUCACGAUGUGGCCGACAGCGAAGGUCAGGCCGGGUCCAAGCCUGCACUCCCGCCUUUGCGCACCUACCCGGGUCGCCUCCGUACUCGUGGUCAUAUCGUGACGAAGAGCAAGCACAAGCUAGGUGAAAAGCCAGACCUUACCUACAGUACCGUCAAGGGCAAGCCUGUCUGGGAGUGGGAGCUCGUUCCCGUAGAAGUCCAGAAGACAAACGCGGAGACCAUCGAGGAGACGCUUAGAGACAUGCUCAUCGGUUGUGAAGAUGGCGUGUUCUCCGCAUUCUUGGACGCUGACUCCGACCAUGCCGAAGAUGAGGAGGGUCUGGGCGACGCUGACGAGGGUGGAGCUGACGCGGACGAAGAACAGGGCAUGAGCGAUUCGGAAGAGCAGCAAGGUGCCGCCUCUGGAUCCGCGAGCAAACGAAAGCGAGGGAAGGAGGAGGGUUCGGCACCCGAUUCAAAGCGCGCGCGUACUGCGUCUGUACUGCCUCUUCCGUCCCGCAGAACCCCUCCCAUGAGUCCGAAGGAAGUGCAAGUCGUCAAGUACGUCAACCAGAUCAUGUCGUCCAACGUACGAUCGUACGCAGUCGGCUGGUUGAUCGAGGAGACGAAGAUGCGACUCGUCUAUGGUGAUCGCAUGGGUCUCAUCUUCACCAAGGAGAUCGAUUUCCUGCAGGACGACGCCGCACUGUUCCUGUUGAUUGUGGCUGCUACAGGGGCUGCCGGUGUGCACGAUCUGGGGAUUCAUCCAGCUCUUCACUUCCGACACAAGGAUGCUGUCGUCUUCUCUUCACGGACGGGUUACGUGGGGGCGAAGAUUCGAUUGGACGUGCAAGAGGAGCAGGGCAUGGAAGAGUUUGUCUUCGACGUUGAUGUCACCAAGGCGGACCCUCGCGCUGUAUACACCGAGUUCGGCCUCAUCGGACGCGGGACUACCGUUAUCCCCGUGAAAGCGGAGCAAGGCGACGAGUCUAAGGCGGCAGAGAAGCUCAAGGACGAACCGCUCGUUGCAAAGGUGGCGUGGCCGCACAAGUCUCGUCAGGCGGAAGACAAGAUGAUCCGUGCUGUCCGCCAGUGUCUGGUUGAGAAGGGGAAGGAGAAGUACUUGGAUCACGUCGUGGACCUCAAGUGCUCGGUGACGAAGAGUAUCGAAGAAAUGGGUCUACCUCGUGUUGCGAUGGGUGUUGUCCCCGAGGAACAGGAUCUUCGGGUUUGCCGUACUCUGAUCCUCAGGCGGUACGAACGUCUGGAAACCAUCGGCUCCCAGAAGGGGUUUCAUACUGUGUUCGUCCAUGUCGUUCGCGCUCACUACUGGGUGUACGAGACGUCAAGGAUACUUCAUCGCGACAUCAGCACGAACAAUAUCAUGUGGUUCAUGCGGGACGGAGAGAUCAUUGGCGUUCUUUGCGAUUGGGACCUCGCCGAGGAUCACAGCAAUGGCGACCAUCUGUCUAUCCGACCUUCGGACGAGGCCGCCGCGACGCCAGCAAGCACAAGUACAAGCAAACAGGCCGGGCAACCGUCGGAGCAGCUCAAGAGUCAACUGAAGAGUCGGGUCAACAGCGGACAGGAGCCCGCGGCCGCGACAUCCCAGCUCAUGCCUGAGCAAACCCCGCGGUAUCGUACCGGUACAGGGCCGUUCAUGGCCUUGGACCUCCUGCGCUCGGGCCUCCCUCCAAUUCAUAAGUAUCGCCACGACCUAGAGUCAUUCUUCUACAUAUACGCGUACACCGCCGCUGCGUACGAUCCGGUGAAGAAGAGAUUCGGGUACAUCGCGCAAUGGCAACACAGCUCGCUCGUCGCCAUUGGGGACAGCAAGCGCAAAUUUCUUAUGGAUGCAACGGAAAUCAAGGAAGUGUUUUCCAAGGCGCACGAAGACUUCAAGCCGUUGCUGAAGAAAGGCACUUUCCUGAUGCAGUUUCUGACACUUUUUGGGGAUCUUGAGUCUCGCAUGGACGAGAUUGAGGACAUCAUGGCCGACAUUAUGUUGGUCGGUCCAACCGAUGGCGUUAGGGCUGAGGUUGAGGAGAUCGAGAGGGAAAGGGAUGCGAUGGUCACGUACAGUGCGUUCAUGGAGAUUCUUGGGUCACCGGAGGACGUGUAGAGUCGCUGCCUGCCAGUGUUCCUCGCAGCGUGUUGGAUGGAUUCCUAUUUGCACUAUUUACUUGUUGUCUACGUCGUGCCGAUGUAUAUGUUGAGGGCUGAUCGGAUGGUCAUGUACAGUACGUUUAUGCAGAUCCUCGGGGCAUCUGAGAACGUGUAAAGUCACUGCCUUUUUCUCGCAACUCACGCGUGUUCGACC